AUGGCUUCUCUUGUUCUUCUCUUGUCUGUACUUGGAGGUCGGCCCCAUAACGCAGAUCCAAGUAAUUUGUGGUGGGCAACACUUCCUCCUUCUUCUUGUUCUAAUUCUUCUACUGCCAAAAACCCACUGACCAGAAAUGGAAGCAACUACAAAUGCAAUGGCCAAGCACAAGAAAAUGAGGUGAUGGUAGCUGUGGAAGAUCUUCUGCAGCAGCUAGAGUCUAGGGUUUCGGUCGACUCAGUUUGGCCUUAA